AUGCAGACAAACAAUUGCUACAUAUUUCCUGGAUUUGGUUUUGGUUUGGUCAUGUGUGGUGCAAUUCUUGUUGAUGAUGAUAUGCUUCUGGCAGCAUCGGAAGCUUUGGCAAAGCAAGUUACAGACGAGCAUUAUGCACGGGGGAUGAUUUAUCCUCCAUUUGUAAAUAUCAGAAAAAUCUCAGCUCAUAUUGCUGCUGGUGUUGCUGCAAAAGCAUAUGAGCUCGGUGUGGCAACACGGCUUCCUCGACCUGCGGAUCUGGUGAAGUUCGCUGAAAGCUGCAUGUGCACUCCAAACUACCAAAAUUACCGGUGA